AUGAUUAAAACGGAAGAGCACAUGGAUACCGCGAGUUCGAUCGUGGAUGUGCAAGAGGAGCAAGGGUUAAUGGGAAGUGCUGCUACUGCUGCUAACGGCAGUCCUGGAUACCAUUACCGUACGCUAUCGUCCAACAUAGUGAUGGCCACUCCGCACAUUAUCGAGAAUCCGGCCCUCCAAGGCCUGCAGGAUGAUCGAUCGAUGAUGAAUCAUCACUAUCAUCAUUAUCAUCCUCACCACGGAUCGCAGCUGGACGUCAAGGACGAGAUGGACGACGGACGUCAUUCACCGUCGAUCGCGCAAUACCAGACCACCGGUGGAGGGCCGGUGGAGUUGAAAUCGGACUCGGAGGGUGGUAAGAUACCGUCGAUGUACCACCACCACCACCACCACCACCACCCCCAUCACCACCACCCCCACCACCCCCACCACCACCAUCCGCAUCACCAUCAGUUUGAGAAGAUCUCCUCGUACUACAUCAAUCACCGUUCGUCCUACCACCUCAUCGCCCCGGUAAACGAUGAUCCGUUGAGUGAUGGCGGAGUGUUGGCCGACCACGGUGGAACGACCAACCCGCGGCUGCCACCAUCGGCCACCGGCACCUAUCUGCUCGAGAGUACCAUCAACGGGUUGAAGCUCUCGAGCAGCGAUUCAAUGAUGGGUUACGGUGUGGCGGUAUCGUGCCCGGAUCUUGGUGCUUCCCUGCUGCAGCAACGCAGCCGUAGCAACGGGAGCAGCGCCGGAACCGUUUCACCAAUCUCGUCCUCCACGACAUCGAUCGUCACGAAUCCGUUCGUAGCGGGGACGACUGCACUCCCAAAUCACCAUUCGCAUCUGGUGCAGCCACAGCAGCAGCAGCAGCAGCAGCAGCAGCAGCAUCAUGCGAUGCAGCAUCAUCAUCAGCUGCAGGUGGAACCGCAUGACAGCACGGGAUCGUUGGACAACGGUGAGACAACUGUGUUGCACUGUGAACCGAGUGUCGGUAGUUCCGGUGGCACCGGGGGGCACUCGGCACUGCCCAAAUCGUCCUCAAUGUCACCGGGCAGUCCGCUGGGAUCGCCUGGUUCGAGCACGACCCCGCCAGUGAGUGGCGCCGGUACCGUCACCGCUACAUCGUCUUCCUCUUCCGGUGGUGGUUCCGCAAGAAAGACGGUAAGCUCUAGUGGCAGCGGAGGGGGUGGUGGUGGUGGUGAACAGCAGCUCAGCAGUACGACACCGGAGGGGCAGAAGAAAGCGCACGGUGGCCGCCGGCAGGAGAAACCGCAGCUCAGCUACAUCAACAUGAUCGUGAUGGCGAUCAAGGAUUCACCGCACCGGCGCCGCACACUCAGCGAAAUCUACAAGUAUCUCCAGUCGAAAUACGAGUUUUUUAAUGGCGAGUACAACGGAUGGAAGAACUCGGUCCGCCACAAUCUGAGCCUGAACGAGUGUUUCAAGAAGCUGCCGAAGGAGUGCGGCAAACCGGGCAAGGGCCACUACUGGACGAUCGAUGCGUCGGCCGAGUACAUGUUCGAGGACGAGGGCAGCCUGAGGCGGCGCCCCCGCGGUUUCCGCCGUAAGCAGCAGCUCAAGGGUUACGGACCGCCCGGUAGCGCGUUCUAUCCGACCGGGAACGCCGGUUACGAGCUGACCGAGCUUCCCGGGAGCUAUCUCACGCAGCCGUACGCCGCCGGUUACGCCACCGAGUACGGUAACAUUCCGCCAGCGGCUGCCAUUAUGGCAGCGGGAAGUGGUGGAGCUGGUGGCGGGGCCGGUACUACAGCUUCCGGUGCUGCUGUUGCCGGCGGUGCCGGCGGCAAUCUUGGAUCCGCGUUGUACGGCGAACAAAGUGCACCGGCCGCCGUCGGUUCUUCCUGGCAUUAUCCCGUCGGUGAUCCGUCCGGUUUGGGGCACUACUCGAAGAUCACACACACGUCCCUUCACGAAACACCACCUUCGUCCUCGUCCUCAUCGUCACUCGUCACCGGCGGCGGCGGUGUUACACCGGUCGGUUCACCAGGCGCAGGCGGCAAUCAUCAACCAGCAUCAGUGACAGGUAGCGGGGCCGGUACUACGCUGGACUACGGGGGAUACACGUUCGCCAGUACGGGCUCAUCGCCACAUUACGGUCUCGAUACUGGACUGAAGAUGGUCUCCUCACUCGGACAAAUGGUACCAUCCGUUGCGAGCUCAUCGACCGGUGCGAGCACACCGUCUUCCAGCGCCGUCGUUCCGCCGGUUGGAUCUCCUUCCCUCGCAACGCUCGUCAUCUCGCACGCAGGCUCCUCCGGUGAUGGAUCCGGUACACCGACACCGGCGGGUAGCGUACUGGUUGCCACGGACAACAGUUCCACCGACGGCGGCUCCACGAUGGAGUGUAAAACGACGGGUAGCAGCUAUGGACUUGUGGGGCACUCUCACGAGCAGAAGCAGCAGCAGCAGCAGCAGCAGCGGCAUGUUGUUGUAGGAUUUAUCAAUUGA